AGCUCUGCUUACUGUGCGAUUUUUCGAACCAUUGCCAACGGAAAUGAAUUUGCGAGGCCAACCAGUUCCAAAUUUCGUUCACUUUUAUUGUUCUGCCCAAACUUGCCGAAAUUCCCCCCCUAGUUUGACAUCUAUUUUAGGAUUGAUUCGAUAGAUUCCCUCUCAUCGCGUGAUAUCCUUGGAGGAACCCGUGCGAUCGAAACGUGCCGUGGCGGGACGAAAGAGAAAACCAGUCUUCCACCACUAUCGUCUACUUCAUUUUACUAUCAGUAGUAACCUUGCAGAAACAAGGUCCUCUUUAAUUAUUUUCCGCCUUAGAAAUCGAAUAAAUACGACGCUUGUAUGGCCAUUCGAUAUCAUUCUCUCUGCGACAAUUCGAGUGACUAUAGUACAGCAACAAUCAUCAUGCAUCUCUUCAGCCACGUGAUGCUCAUCGCAGCCGCAGUGCUUUUAACGAAUUUUCAAGCCACGCGUUCGUUCACGCUCGACCGCAACGUCGACGACCACGAUUCUCUCGAGAACACCACAGACAGCCCACUAACUAGUCUGGAACACGGUCAAAAUAAUGCAACCUCAACGGAAGACGAUUCAUUAGAGGUCCAGGGUCGAUUAAUCAAGCGGAAUUUCAAACCUGACGGCCGCAUCGUUGACGAUUCAAAGGAAAAAUUGGACACCAAAGACGACCCUAUCGAUAGCGUCGAGAUCUUGAAGAAUCAGACAUCGGUCGAAGACGAUCUCGAUGCUACCAACGAUUCUCUGCAAAUUGCGGAUAGUUUAAUGAAACGAAACGUCCCAAUCGCCUCUAGCCAAGAUAACGGCCAUCAGCUUUUUGAUUUCGAUUCGUUGGAAGGUCACACUGCCGACAUUUCCGAUGAAAUGCAAAGCACAACCACCGACGAUGAUCUUUUCGACGACCUGGUGGACAGCAUGGAAAUCGUGAAAAAUCAAACAUCGACGGAAGAUGUUGCCGAUGCUAAUGACGAUGACGUAUCAUUAGAAAACAAGGACGACUCGCCGAAACGUGUGGCUUUGCCAACCGUGUCGGUGUUCGACCAUCUGCCCGUCAUCGGCGUGUUUAGCCAUCCAGCGUCCGACGAUCUGUACAUCGUCAAGCAGUACAUGGGCGAUUAUUACGUUUGGGAAAUGGGAGACGAUUCAGCUAGAGAAUAUUUCACGCAUCCAGGCAAAGGUUUUCCGAAAACUGAUUUUGAUUCACCCCUGAAAGUGAAGGCAGAUCAAUUCGCCAGGUUCACGCCGGUGCGAUCUCUGCCAAAUCAACGGCUCCACACUCUACUUUAGAUGUUGCACAUUUCACGAAUCCCGUUGUAUAAAAAUUUGGGUUUUUUUUACAUGUUGUACAUAUAUAAAAUACAAUCACGUGCUCCUUUUA